CCUGUGAUCAAAUUUGGGGCUAAAAAAUUAAAAAUCACAAAUUCACACUUUGUAAACCCUAACGCACCUUCUUCAAUUUCCAGACACUACUUCCUCCGGCGGAGUACGAGCGGCAUGGCGUCGGCGGUUCAGAGAGGAGGUGGUACGCGGCGGGCGAUGGAGGAGACCGACGCGAAGCUUGUCUUCGAGACGUCGAAGGGCGUCGAGCCUAUCAUGAGCUUCGACGAGAUGGGGAUUAAGGACGAUCUCCUCAGAGGUAUUUACAAUUACGGUUUCGAGAAGCCCUCCGCCAUUCAGCAGCGGGCGGUGCUCCCUAUCAUCUCCGGCCGUGACGUCAUCGCACAGGCGCAGUCUGGUACGGGCAAGACGUCCAUGAUUGCGCUCGCUGUUUGUCAGAUUGUUGACACCAAGUCCUCCGAGGUUCAAGCCUUGAUAUUGUCUCCUACGAGGGAGUUGGCGGCACAGACAGAGAAGGUAAUACUGGCAAUUGGUGACUAUAUAAACAUUCAAGCUCAUGCUUGCAUAGGAGGCAAAAGUGUUGGCGAGGAUAUAAGAAAAUUAGAGCAUGGCGUUCAAGUUGUGUCGGGCACACCUGGUAGAGUUUGUGAUAUGAUUAAGAGGAGAACCUUACGAACUAGAUCAAUCAAAUUGCUGAUUCUGGAUGAAUCGGAUGAAAUGUUGAGCAGAGGGUUUAAGGAUCAGAUUUAUGAUGUUUACAGAUAUCUUCCACCUGAGCUACAGGUUGACUGGCUGACGGCAAAAAUGCGCGAGAAUAACUUUACUGUCUCUUCUAUGCAUGGAGAUAUGCCACAAAAGGAGCGAGAUGCAAUCAUGGAUGAAUUCAGGUCCGGCCAAACCCGAGUUCUUAUCACAACUGAUGUUUGGGCGAGGGGAAUUGAUGUUCAACAGGUUUCUCUGGUGAUCAAUUAUGAUCUCCCUAAUAAUCGAGAGCUUUACAUUCAUCGUAUUGGACGGUCUGGCCGUUUUGGGAGAAAGGGCGUUGCCAUAAACUUUGUUAAAAGUGACGACAUCAAAAUCCUGAGAGACAUCGAGCAAUAUUACAGUACACAGAUUGAUGAAAUGCCGAUGAAUAAGCCCAAGUACCCGACCCAACAACAGAUUUUCAUUUUAAUAAAUCCAUCCACGAGGACCACGAGCCCACGACUCAGUUCAGUCAUCUUCUCUCAUCUUCAUUUUCCUUUCCCACUGCCAGCCGCCGUUCGCCGCCGCGACCACCUCUCUCUCAUUGAAUCGGUGUCGGAAAAGCCAGAACGAGCCAUUAACUGCCAAGACCCGUCGCGUCGAGUGUGCCGUCGUUCGGCGCUGUCGGAACUUUGUAAAUCGUGUACUGAAUUCAAAGCUUCGUCCCUGGCUUCGUGUUUGAAAGUUCAGGGACGAGCUUUAGAGAGUUUGAUAAUGUUUUGGGACCUAAAUAUGGCUCUCUUUACUCCAAACUUUUCUCUCAAAGUUUCAACCUCUACUGUUCCUCAACGCCGUCGGUUUGUGGAAUCCCGACGUAUCACUCCAAGGGCUUCCAUUGCAGUCGAGACAACUUCAUCCUUCACUGUCGAUGGCAGUGCUCCAAGGCUCCUCCUCGAAGUCAAAGACCUGUCCGCCGUAAUCACCGAGUCCAAGCAGCCUAUCUUGAAAGGUGUUAACCUCACUGUCUAUGAAGGAGAGGUUCACGCUGUGAUGGGGAAGAAUGGUUCUGGGAAGAGUACUUUUGCGAAGGUUAGUGAUGCUUUUGGGUACGUGCUUGUUGGCCAUCCGGAUUAUGAAAUUACUGGAGGAAGUGUAUCAUAUAAAGGACAAGAUUUGUUUGAGAUGGAACCUGAGGAACGAGCUGUGGCUGGCUUAUUUAUGAGCUUCCAGUCUCCAGUUGAAAUUCCUGGAGUAAGCAAUAUUGACUUCCUGAACAUGGCAUACAAUGCCCGAAGGAAGAAACUUGGAUUACCAGAGCUUGGGCCAAUUGAGUUUUACGCCUACGUGGCACCUAAGCUCGAGCUUGUGAAUAUGAAGAUCGACUUUUUAAACAGAAAUGUCAAUGAAGGAUUCAGUGGAGGAGAAAAGAAGCGCAAUGAGAUUUUGCAGCUCGCGGUUCUCGGUGCGGAGUUGGCUAUUUUAGAUGAAAUUGAUUCUGGUUUAGAUGUAGAUGCUCUUCGGGAUGUAGCAUUAGCAGUUAAUGGGCUCCGAACUCCAAACAAUUCAAUCCUGAUGAUCACUCACUAUUUACGCCUUUUAGAAUUCAUAAAGCCGACCUAUAUCCAUGUCAUGGAGAAUGGCAGGAUAGUGAAGACUGGAGAUAUAUCCAUUGCCAAACUAUUGGAAAAAGAAGGCUACAAGGCUAUUUCUGGCUAACCUUUUGGAUGAAGACGUAUACUUCUAAUUUUGCUCCUUCGACAUUGAAAAUCGAGUUUUUUCUUUUUUUGGGAGGAAAAUCCAUUAUGGAUGGACCAAAAUUUGUUGACGACGAGUAUUAGUAGUGUGAUAGCUCAUCUGUUUGUGCAGUUAGAUGUUUGUAAAUGUAUAUUAAAUACAAUUUUUCCUUAUUGUCAUCUCUUUGCCUUCUUUUCUUUUUUCGUGAAACUUUUAAACUGGAUCGUUUGAGUUUGUUCUCCAUUAAGUCAUAAUGGAGUUGGGAAUUUAAGAUUCUUCAAAUUUUGCAAAAUAUACCCAUUGGUCUUCUUUCGCUAGACUAAAGUAUAUUUUGUGGACUGCAAC